AAAUGCCGGACUAGUAGGGGGCGCUCACCAAAUAGCAGAUCCACGUUUAGAGCUGUGGGUCUUCCGGUUCUUCCAGGACUGAAUUAAGAUGCAUUGUGAUCGAGGAAGGAAUUAGCUGCGGAGUUUAGCUUGACUCGGAUCAGCUAUUUAGUUUGAGAUCAGGCGAGUUUGUGUUGAUUAUUUGCGCAAACAGAUAAUUUUGUUUUCAGCUGCGAGCGCUUUGUUAUUAAAAAUAAAAUGGCUCCAACGAUUCAAACACAAUCUCAACGAGAAGACGGGCACAGCAGGCCGUCCUCACACAGAACUGUCCCAGAGAGGUCAGGAGUCGUCUGUCGAGUGAAGUACUGCAACAGCUUGCCCGACAUCCCUUUUGAUCCCAAGUUCAUCACAUAUCCGUUUGAUCAGCACAGGUUCGUACAGUACAAAGCCACUUCUCUAGAGAAACAACACAAGCACGAGCUCCUGACUGAGCCAGACCUGGGGGUCACCAUUGAUCUCAUCAACCCAGACACAUACCGCAUUGACCCCAACAUAUUGUUGGAUCCUGCUGAUGAAAAACUCUUGGAGGAGGACAUUCAGGCUCCAUCCAGUUCGAAGAGGUCACAGCAGCACGCCAAAGUGGUCCCGUGGAUGAGAAAGACCGAGUAUAUUUCUACAGAGUUUAACAGAUAUGGUGUUUGCAAUGAGAAAGUGGAAGUCAAGAUCGGUGUGUCUGUCAAACAACAGUUUACAGAAGAAGAGAUUUACAAAGACAGAGACAGCCAGAUUUCUGCUAUUGAGAAGACGUUUGAGGAUGCAUCGAAAUCUAUUGCUCAGCACUACAGUAAACCCAGAGUCACUCCUGUGGAGGUACUACCUGUGUUCCCUGACUUCAAGAUGUGGAUCAAUCCAUGUGCUCAGGUCAUCUUUGACUCUGAUCCUGCACCUAAAGACAUGACCGCACCAGCAGGAGUGGAAAUGAUGUCUCAGGCCAUGAUCAGAGGUAUGAUGGAUGAAGAAGGAAAUCAAUUCGUGGCUUACUUCCUGCCCAAUGAGGACACACUUCGCAAGCGCAAGAGAGACGUUGAUGAGGGCCUGGAUUACUCUCCUGAGGAUCUAUAUGAUUACAAGAUUGCCAGGGAGUACAACUGGAAUGUCAAGAACAAAGCCAGCAAGGGUUAUGAGGAGAACUACUUCUUUAUCUUCAGAGAUGGAGAUGGUGUUUACUACAAUGAGCUUGAGACGAGGGUGCGUCUGAGCAAGAGGAGAGCAAAGGCUGGAUCUCAGUCCAACACAAACGCUGUGCUGGUUUGUAAGCACAGAGACAUGAACGAGAAAGAGCUUGAGGCUCAGGAUGCACGUAAAGCUCAGCUGGAGAACCAUGAGCCAGAAGAUGAAGAAGACCUGGACAAAGACAUAGACAUGCAGGACUCUGGUGAUGAUAAAGAGAAGGGCAGCGGCAGUGAAGCAGAGAACUCUGGUAGUGAAUCUGAGAGGGAGGAGGAAGAGCCGGAACCGAUCAGAGUAGUCGUAGUAGAAGAAGAAGAAAAGAGAGAAGAGGAUGAGGACAAAGAGAAGAGAAAGAGGAAACCUAGCGGCAGUGGAAGUGAAAGCGGCGAGGAGAGGAACAGAGAGCUGCGGGACGAGGAAGAGAUCUUUGGCAGUGACGAUGAGAGCGAGGAUAACGACGACAACGAGCCUAAGAACUCAGCCCGGAGCAGCGGGGAAGAGGGCAGCGGGAGUGAGGACGAAGGAGUGAACAGGGGGGGCAGCCGGAGUCGCAGUGCGUCUCCAGCACACAGCGACCGCAGCAGUGACCAUUCAGAUACCCGGGCUCAGAGCGGGAGUGGAAGUGAGAGAGGCUCAGACUCCAGUGAUGCCAGUGACAGUGAAUAAGGCCUAUUCUGUCUGUUCUGUAUAUUCAGCAACAAACACUUAUGAUCACAACUCCCCAAUGAAAUUUGUGAGCAAGAUGCACAUUGGCUUUGGACCGGAGACCUCUCUGUUCACUCCAAUUUUUUAGAUUUAUCCCCAGCACCAUUUGGUAUAUGUGUACCAUCCCUGUGUUUUUCUCUGUCAAAUCGUGUGAAUAUUUCUUUAUUCUCUCAGACUUGUCAAUGUGGUAAUGCGUUACAACUUGAAACUGAAAAUAAAUUGCAGGUGUCAUUUUGUAAGAAAA